UUAAAAUUUUUAAAUGUUCUCUUGUCUUUCAAUAAUCAUUGUUUUGGUUUUACUACAUUAGGUAAAACUUAGCCGAACGUGUGCUACUCCCAUUAAUCCGAAUGCCCUGAAAAACGCUGUCAGUUACGGGAAUGGAGGCAAGAAAACAACGGACAUGAAUGCGAUGAUAAAUGUUAUCAUGGAGGACCUUUGAGACAGAAAAUUCAUGUCCGAGCAUUCUCUUAGUGGAAAUAAAGCAAAAAAUGACAAGUCUGACAAACCAACGAAGCCUGCCCUACCCACUGAUUCCGUUCAGGCAAUCAUAAAUUAUGUCACCGAAUUUUGGAGAAAGCAAUACACCUUCACCCUGGAAGCAAAGCACAUUAGGAGUGCUAUCAGUAACAAACUCUCGACCGAAAAAUCGGCGUUCAAGAAAAGAUCAAAAAUUGUUGCAUCAGAAACUGCCAGAAAUAAUUUAACCGCUGAUGAUGAUGGACAACCUAAUGGUGCUGCUGGCGGUGAUGAAGACGAAGAUGACGAAAUAGCAACUUAAUUAUUUAAAUAACUCUUACAUGUUUAUUUUAAAUCAUCAGCAGUUCUGCUGAGCAA